GAUUUCUUCAUCUCAGUUCACUUUAAGGUUGAUAAUGUAGAUAAAGGCUGGGGAGUUUUUGUGUACAUGAGUACUGACAAAGCCAUUAGAGCCUCUCAGUGGAGACUUUUGGAAGAAGAAAAACUAUCUUGGGGAGAUACUUGGUUUCUCAUUGGGGACUGGAAUGAUCUUUGCUCUAUGGCAGAAAAGAAAGGUGGCAGAGUCCGGAGUGAUUUUAGCUUUGCUCAUUUCAAUUCUUUCAUUCAGAAUAUGGAAAUGGAUGAGGUUAGCAUGGUGGGCUACCAAUUCACUUGGGGCAACAAUCGAGAUGCUGAGGGAUUUGUCGAAGAGAAACUUGAUAGAGCCUAUGGUUCCUUUGAAUGGUUCAAUACCUUCCUUGAGGCCUCUGUUCUCAACAUUGCUAGGAGUGCCUCAGAUCAUUCACUGAUUCUUCUUAACACAGGCUGCAAAUCAGAAAAUCAGAAAAAAAAG